UCCUGAGGAGGGACAUGGCGGGAGGCCGGGCCCGUUGUAGGGCCUUCCUUGAGGGGGGACAUGGCAGCGGGAUGGGCCCGGUGUGGGGCCUUCCCUCUGAGGGGUAUAGCGGGAGGCCGGGCUUGGUGUGGGGCCUGCCCUGAGCGGGGACAUGGCGGGAUGGCCGGGCCCGGUGUGGGGCCUGCCCUCUGAGGGGUAUAGCAGGAGGCCGGGCCUGGUGUGGGGCCUUCCCUGAGUGGGGACAUGGCGGGAGGCCGGGCCUGGUGUGGGGCCUUCCCUGAGCAGGGACAUGGCGGGAGGCCGGGCCUGGUGUGGGGCCUUCCCUCUGAGGGGUAUAGCGGGAGGCCGGGCCUGGUGUGGGGCCUGCCCUGAGCGGGGACAUGGCGGGAGGCCGGGCCUGGUGUGGGGCCUGCCCUGAGGGGGCAUUUUGUGGCAAGCUGGGCCCAGUGCGGGGUAUCCCAGAGCAGGACGUGGCCUUUGCACCUCCCCAGCGCGGGCCGCCAUGGGGGGAUGACAGCAAGCCAGGCCCGAUGCUUGCUGGGUUCAGCAGCCCGCUGAGGCAUAGCUGUGCCGCAGGAGAGGCAGCGGCGCUGGUGCUGGUGGCUGUGCUGUGGGGCAGCACUGGGCCGUUCCUGCGGACGGGCGCCGCGGGGCUGGAGCAGGUCCGGGGCCGGGGCCGCCUGCGGCAGCUGCUUGCUGAGAUCCGCUUUCUGGGCCUCAACUACAAGUAUAUGGUGCCAUUUCUGCUCAAUCAAUGUGGAUCACUCCUCUUCUAUUUCACCUUGGCAUCCACAGAUCUGUCCCUGGCAGUACCACUCUGUAACUCUCUGGCUUUGAUAGCCACACUAGUGACUGGGAAGAUUCUAGGAGAGGAUAUUGGUGGUAAAAGCUGUCUCACAAAAAGGAAGCAUUUCUCUGAUGGGAUACUUCUCAGAAGAUGUUCCCUGAAUGGCUGUCUCCUGGAGUCAGCCUCCUGCUGUGCAAAAUCAGGAGCACCAGUGGGUUCUAGUGGGACCAUGAAUAUCUGCCUGUAGCAGCAUGAGAAUCCUGAGAGGGCAGAAAAUUGUAUCUCAUACCUGAUCAAUGGGCACCUCCACCUUUGUGUGUUCAUCCUCUUUUACUGCCUCUGCACCUUGCAUCUCCUUCCUGGGAUCUUUGGCUUUAUAAACACUUCCUUCUGCAAGCAGGAGAAAAGCUGUUAAAUGGGUAUUGCAGGUAGCCAUGGCCUGAUCUUGUUAAAGUUACGGAAAGGUCAUGGCCCUCAUGUGCCGUGAUGAGAGAGGAAAGAGCAGAAAUGCAAAAGUUGCUGGGUACACUGCAUGGCUGCUUGCUUUUAGUGCAUCUACAAAUACUUUGUCUUUAAAGCCAGUCUGUCUCAACAUUUAUAGCAGAAUGUCCUUUACCUUGAUCAGGCCAGUGCUGCACAUUUGCAUUACUCCUCCUGUUUUCUCCUGCACGGACAGGUUUAGCAUGGAAAACAGACUGUUCCUCUUGGAGGUGAGAUUUCUUGUCUUGUUUGUGCAGCGGUGGAGAAGUAACAGGGAUUUUGUCUUUCUCUGUGGCUUCUGUGGUCUGCACCCUGCGACUGUCCACCUAAAAGUAUUCAUCACACACUUCUGUUAUGCCUUCAUGAUAGAGCAGCUUAUAAAACAAGCAGUUUUGCAAGGCAGUCCAGUAAAAAACUGCAACUUCCUGCCUACAAGCCCUAACCCUGACUGGUCUGAGGCUGUAACAUUGCGUUCUCUUAACAAGGCUUUAAGUUGAUAUUACAAGUGAAUACAUACAGGGAACACACAAAAUUAUUUCUGUAGUCACUACCUGUUGAGAUGAGAAAGCAAGAGCAGAGUCACUAGCUCUGUCCUGGGAGGUGGUGUAGAGUUUGCCAAACUGAAAACAAGAGGAAAAGGAAAUUUUAAAAGCAAAAUAGCACUCAAAAUAACAGAGAAAGCACAGAUCCAGCUUUCAGUGGACUGUCCAAGAGAGCCCAGCUGCUAUACCUGCAGACUCCACUGCCUAUUUUUCCCACACAGUGAGCAGGAGAGCUCUCAGUCCCAGCAUGAAUUCUCCCUCUCCACCAGCCAGAAAGGAGAAGAGAUGAGUAAAGCGACUUUAAGGACAUUUUCUUCAGCAGUGAGAUUGAAUUCAAGUGCAAACUUGCUAUGUCUUCAGCUGCUCCUUUGGGGAUGGUGCCAAGUAAGGGUGCUGUAACCAUGGCAAUUGGGAAUGGAAACUGCUAUGCCCACCCAUAGCUUACAGACUGAUGUCUGCACAAAUGCAGCUGUGCUCAUAGCACAUACAGUCCCACACCAGCUGAGCCACCUACCCUUUUGCUGUAGUUUUUGCGCCUGUUAUUUGGGUGGUUCCUGUAACAGAAAAAGCAGCAGAUUCUCGUUAUCAGGCAGAAGUCAUGGAAGACAUGAUCCCCCCUUCCUUUUUCCCCACAAGGAAGAGUCCCGGAGGCAUCUGUUCUCAGCACAGUUAGAGCACACUCCACAGCGGCACACGUUCCCCCACCAAGAUGCCAGAGUCCUGCACUGAGAGGCAGUUUGACUGUGGCUUGCCUGCUGAGACUGCUCUCAGAAGCAAUAGUUUAUACUGACCAGUCACAUACUGCUGAGGUGACAGGAUACAAAAGGCCACCCAAGAGGCAGAUGGCUUUAUAUCACACUGCUGAUCACAGGCCUGUGAGAUUCAACACUAUACCUACUGGGCAGGUGCUCCUCAGUGCUUGCUGAACACUUAAUGAGAAAUAACCAAACCACUUGCUUUCUUUAGUGGUGAACUCUGGAUUUCGGGAGCUAACUCUUACACUAAAAGCUCUGCAGCCACAUUCUUUCUUUAUGAACUUCCAUCACAUGAAGCAGGAUUCAAGCCUCAAGGCAGACAGCACUGAACGGAGGGGCUAUGGAAAGGUUGGCUUUAGUUAAAGACCACCACAGAGAUGACUUUUUAAGCCAGCCAGCCGCAAAUACCUGCCUACGUACCAUAGUGUCCGGUUCACAGAAGGCUGGGGCACCAACAGCUCAAAGUAGGGCAGGUUUUUGUAUUUCUCAGGUCCCACUGCCACAUAGUAACCACCGUUUGCCAGCUCCUCCCCACUGGACACCUGCGUUCCAUCCAGCCUGCAGAGCCUCAAGGAAAAGAUAACAUAGAGUUCAAACAGAGCAUGCCAGGGAAGUCACCUGACCACCAGCAACAUCAGCCCUCCUCACAAACUAUUCAGCGCACUGGGAUUAUCCCUGAUUUAAAGAUAGGGAAACCUAAAUUCCAGGACCAUGAAAGCAAAUGAGUUUGCCAAAGCAGGUUAGAAGCAGCUGUCUGAACUCCCAGUUCUCUGUGCUAAUCAGUGAUGCUUAUGUCCAGGGACAGAAGAACCCGCAGUGCUUUGUCUAGAUACCCACUUGUGAACAGCUCCACUGCGCAGAUUGGCUUUCUCUGUUAGCAUGGUCAGGAUCAUGUCCCACUCCAGCAAGGCGCUCUUGGAGAGCAGCAGUCGGAAAGGAGGGCUCAGCAAAUCCCCGUUCCGGAAAACACUUCAGGAGAGACAAGGCAGAGCAUGUACCAGGACUCACACUCGCUGUACCAGGACUUUUCAGCCCCCAGGCCAGUGACAGCCCCUUAUACGCACACCAUGUUGUGUGGGUCACCUACUACUCAAAAGGCUGCAACCAGGAAUCAGUGGAAAUUUUCUAGUAACACUUACGAAAAUAUCAGCUCUCCCUACCCCUAGUAGUUCCUAAUCUAAGGACAUGACCAGGCACAGGACUCUGACAACGGUAAUUGUGCCACAUGCAUCUCUGUCAUCUCCCAGAACAGGCAAUACGUGGAAAGUGGGGGAAAAGUAGGACACCAAUGCCUGGACAGUAUUUGCAACAUACACUUUUGGGAGAAGCUGGGAUUGCCAGGAUCAUGCAGAAAUUUCCUCCUCCAGUGUCUGAAAAUAUUCCUAGAGACACCCCCACCUCCCCAAAGAAGAAAACACUGAGGCACUUACUUUAUCAUGCGGGACAGGUGGGUGUGCUUCUGCCAUUGAGCUGAGACGUUCUGCUUCCAGGGUGCUACAGUGCUGGGCUAGAGACCAAGUUAAGUGCACAAAAACUGUCACAGCCUUGGCACAGAGCCUCCCAGGGCUGUUCCUUUCCUCUGGCAGGAGCUGUCUGCUCUGCCUUCACACUUCCCGCUGCUAGGUGGGGUUUGUUGUCAGCAACACCAAGGCCUGGAGAGGCUCUUUGCAUAGCUGGGUGCAUUCCAGGAUCACCAGCACCCAUGAACCACUGUGCACAGAUCCUUCCCCUGCACUAUUAAGGGGGCUGGAAGGUACACAGCAGUGGUCCCAGCACUGUCACACACACGGCCACACACACAGAGUCCUAUGGAUUUCUGUGGCAUUUUUACCUAUCUCCAGUGGGCAGCUGGCAGCCUUUCAGCUGAACUCUUGUUUCAUCAGUGGCAGCCAUAGCAUCUUUCACACUUCUUCCCAGCUCAUUCUGCACUCAUGCCUGCCCCUGCUCAGCUCAGGGACUCACCUGCAUGUUACUGCUGUUCCUUGUCUCAUUGAGUUGCUUCAUUCCACGAUUUAAAUAGCUGCAAGAACAAGAAGUUACCAUAUACUAAGUGGGACAGUUUGUGAAGGGCAACACUUCCCAGGAGCUGUGACCACUGGAAUAUGAACAAGCCAAAGGGGAAAGAACAGGCUGCUAACCAUCAUGGCCCAACUUUCAGCUGCAGGCCAAACCAUCCACGUACAGUUUUUGGGAAGCGGCUCCAUCAGUGCUGAAGCUCCAGCCCGACUUUUAGGUGAUAUUUCACACAGCAGAAAGGGUCCAGAGCCACAUCCAUGCAGCUUCCCCCAGCAGUCUCACUUUGAGUGAGUUCUUCCUCUUCCAGAAUUACACAUGGCUCCCUAGUACUUUGACCGAAGAAGUGUCACACAUACAAAGUGUGUCUGUGAUGCGACCAAAACUGAAUCCUGUGCCACAGCUGACUAAAGAGCUGUACGAACAUGACUGACUCCUGCCUCAGUGCGUCGUGACCAAGUACGUUUAUUGUUGGGUCACUUCUGAAACAAUCUUCCAGGCCUCUUAUCUCUUGGACCUCCAGAACUUCAGGCUAAAUUUGUGCUACAUUUAAGAAAUUCCCAGCCGAACUCUGAGCAUUUCAGUUCUCCAUGCUGAAGACAUAGAAAACAUUUUUGUCCUUUGAGCAAAUUGUUGAUCUAGGCUCCCAUAGCUGACCAGUAUUAAUACAGCUUGGACUGUUCCCUCAGUAAAAUACAAUAUGCACACAGUGAGCCAAAUUCAACCUCCCUACAGUACAAAUCCUCUGAUGAUUCAAGUGAUGCCAGGAAUCAUUUGAGCCUUGACUUUCAGGAUAUACCAAAAGCUCCUUGUUCAUGUUUCUGCUUCAUGCAGGAUUAAAAAACAAACACUCCACCAAACCAAUCCAAAAGUAUUUGUCAGAGUAGAGGCAGUGCAAAUGGUGACUCUGACAGGGAAGCUGGCAGCAGAACCUCCCACACACCACAAAAUGAGAUACUUGCAGGCAGAACAGCAUCUAUCACAACAUCCCCAGAGAAUGCAUUCCUCCCCCAGCAUGUUUUUUUCUGAGAGUCAAAUGACCUUACCAGGAAUAUUUGCACUUUCCAAACAAAGUGGAAUAUAUCCAGUAGAUUCCAUGAAGAAAAGAAAUUAAACAGAGAGAUCUGCCUCUGUUUAUAAUUGUAUUUGUACCUCUUUUAUUCAUUCACACCUCAAUAUAUCCCCUGACAGGUGAUUUAAAGCCGCUUUCCAAACCCAGAAACCAAAGGCCCUUCUACUCACUUGAGCCUUUUGAACCUUUCAAAGCCUGCAGCCACGUACUGGCACCCAUCCUGCAGGUCCCCCAGCUCAGUGAUACGGUGGCCCUGCCUGGGCGUGUAGAGAUUCCUCACAGCCAAGGGUGCACCGAUGCUCUUGGUCACCUCAUUCAGAAAUGCCUCAAAGGUCAGGAACUGCCGCUGGUUGAGCACAACCUUUCUUCCGCGGAAGAAGGGGUCCCCGUUGCGAUACACCACCACAUUCUUGGCUGCAGGUGCCAGAGCUAAUCCGUGGGAGUUCAUCACCAGUGAGUCAAGCAAGCUCCUGUAACCGUAGAGGUAAAAGGACCAGUGUGGGGGCAAGGAGAGCUCUGACCAGCCUCACACUGAGCCAAAACCCUUCUGACCAAGUGCCUUUCUGUUCUGCCUCCUGUCCCAGCAGAGCCCCAGGAGCGACUGGCCGUCUCCACGGCUGCAGGCCCAGCAAGAGGAAGUUGUGGGCCAGCCUGGAUACCACAUCAAUCAAACUGCAGAACAUCUUUUUGUUUGAGCACCAGGAACUGCACCGCUCUUUAACGCUCACUCUCACCACCCGCUGAGUACUGUGAGCUCCCUCACUGGCCAAUGCAGCCACCAGUCUCAGAUUAACCAGCUCAGAAGAGCAGUAAGUGUCGGUACAUUUGUGGCAGCAGCUCACAUCCCAUCCAGUGGUAUCCAGAAGCCCUCCCCACCUUGCUAUCACUUGUCACCUAUGUGAGAAGUGCAGUGUGCUUCUGUCCUGCAGCUAUUGGACAUGCACACCACAAGGAACACACCACUCUUUUGCACUGAAUGGGUUGCCACGGGCCAAAAUGGGCUAUGGGCUCAUUUGGCUCCAUCCAGGAGAGGAAGGCAGGACAGACAGGGACAGGCAGAUUCGGAAACAAACUUCAGGAAAACUUUUAUUCACAAACAAGUCAGCAUCAUCAGGAACAAAAAGCUUUAGCCACCAUACUGCAAGAUUGUCUGUUCAGGCAGUAGGAGCACAGAGCGCACAGAAUGCUCAGGGUCAUAACAAGGAACCACAGCACUGUGUGAAAAUCCCUUUCUGAGGGCCUCAGACACCCCCAAACUAGAGCAAAGUAUAUCUUUGGAGAAAGUGCUUUCAAGGCAUAACACCAAACCCUCUAAGUCCUUACUUGUUCCCUCAAACAACAGGGGUUUGGUCCAAGCGACUUGGCCACAUGUAGAGGUAUUACCACUGCCAGAGACGUGCAAGUUAGGAAUCCAGUCUCAUCUCCUAAAGGUCAGAUUUGAUGUGCCAUCUCUUCCCACCAAUAGCACCAGAAAGCUAGGAAACUUUCCUCCUAACUUAGUACUUCACAUAGGUGUUCCCCAAAACCUACCACAAAUGCUUGAAGAUCCCAGAUACUGGAAAGCUGUGACAAACAGAAUCGUCCCAAAUAUACAACUCAGAUACCAA